AUGCCAGCCGUCGUCACCAGACUUAGCUCUCUCAAACUUCGACAAUUGCAAAAGAUAGCGCUUUCAACUGGGAUAUUAUCAUCAGGAACCAAAAAAGACCUAACCAAUCGGUUAAUUGAGACAUUCCAAAAGUACAAUCCUCAACCGUACGAAGAUGACUCUAUUUCGAAGCGCGACUUGGUCGCGUCAAGACUGCAGGAAAGACACGCGAAGCCAAUGAGCAUUUUGAGCAUCGAUAUGGGAAUUCGAAAUUUGGCUUAUGCGCAUUUACUGGUUUCCCCUCGAACGGCCACUGAAGCCAGCGUUCGGGAUUUGGAUGGAAACGUAUCAAUGCCACUCACAGCCUCUAAAAUACGUUUGAAUGCGUGGGAUCGACUUGCGAUAUCUGCCUUCCCAAGAUAUGAUAUCGAGAAAGACCCUGCGACAAUACCCAUUUCAAAACUAGGCGGGCUAAGGAGAGCUUUACCAUGCCCGAGUAACGAAGAAGGGAAUGCAGAGGUGGAAAGCAAAGAACACUUUGCACCAUAUUUAUACGCCUCACACGCCUACACACUAAUCACGUCCCUUUUGGAAACGUACAAACCGACACACGUCCUAAUUGAGCGGCAGCGAUUCCGAUCGGGAGGCGGCAGUGCGGUUCAGGAAUGGACUAUUCGCGUUGGCGUGUUUGAAGGCAUGCUUUAUGCUGUACUCCAUACAUUACAGCGACAGGCGAAAAAGGAAUUCGGCAACGUGUUUGUUCAAGGUGUCGACCCACAGAGGGUGGUAAGAUAUUGGACAAACGGCGAGAUAAAGGAAGACUCAACGCCGGAGCCAAAGAAAAAGAGGGUCAGCUCAAAGGAAGGCAAGAAGGCCAAAAUCGAUUUAAUUGGGAGAUGUAUUUCCCGAUCCAUCAGCGCUGCCGAUUGCUAUACGAAUAUCGACGGCGGCGGAGUCGUGGAAAGGCUAAAGCAAGAAGUAUCCUUGGAUCUAGACCUGGUUGAGGAUAGCCACGCAAGGGAUAUUGUACACGCAUACCUUGAAAAAUGGAAUUGCGGGAAUCGAGGGUCAAAGAAACGACCUACAUCAGCUAAUUCAACAGCCGACGGUAAUAGCAACGUCGCUGACAUUGGGAAGCUUGAUGAUUUGGCCGACUCGCUUUUACAGGGCAUCACGUGGUUGGAAUGGCAAAGAACAACUGAAAAGUUACUGCAUAGCGAUUCAGCCAUUUUCGCCUCACUCUGA